UGGGGGGGGGGAGAGACACAGGACAAAAACCCGUAUAGGAAGAGAAGCGCAACCGUGGGUGCCCGCCGCAACGAUGAACGGUUCGCCACGCUCGCGACUGCCGCGGAUAAGCCAUCGGACUAUGUCCUGAAUAGCGGUUUACAUAGCCGGGAUUGUGCACCGAUCACACAGGGGUAAAAUAUGUCCGCCUCGGUGGGGCCCCGCGGCGGCCCUCGCCCACCCACAGCGCAGAACUCCGUACCCGAGCUUCCGGACCUCAGUCACCUCACCGAGGAGGAGAGGAACAUUAUCAUGGCUGUGAUGCUUCGGCAGAAGGAGGAAGAGGCAAAGGAUGAGGCCAUACUCAAAGAGGAGAAGCCCAUACAAGCAAAAACAGUGAACCUGGUCGGGAAUAAGAAACCACCUCAGCAGAACGACAUCAGUUUGCACAAGCAGUUUGCCAACUGCAAGGAGCAGGUGAGGCGGAUUGGGCCGGAGCCCCCCCAACAGAGGCAGCAGGGCCAACACAAGGAUGAUGCCCCCACCUGUGGCAUCUGCCACAAGACCAAGUUUGCUGAUGGCUGCGGAAACCUGUGCUCCUACUGCCAGACUAAGUUCUGUGCCCGAUGCGGGGGAAGGGUCUCUCUGCCUUCCAAUAACGUAAUGUGGGUAUGUAACCAGUGCCGAAGGCAACAGGAUAUGCUCACUAAAUCAGGAGAGUGGUUUCCCAGCCAAGGGCCCAAGCCUGGAGAGCUGGGGUCAGCAGUGAGUGAACCGACCAUGUGUGGAGAUCCCAUCGGGGAGAAGAAGGUGCACUCUAGGUCUCAGAACCCUCUCAACUCCUCAGUUUCCACUGCCCAUGACUCCCAGUCAUCUGCCCCAACUGACCCCAGAAAAGGCCCCUCCACAGGGCCAGCCAACACGCUAUCAUCACGCUCACGCAGUGAGCCUCCACAAGGAAGAAAGAAACCACCAGCAGCAUCUGAUCAGAAUGGUAAGCUAGGGCCAAGAGGUGAGAGGCGGCGAGGCCUAUCCAGAAUCCACUCCGAAGAGCGAGAUACCGGAGAAAAUCGGAGAGAAAGUCGAAGACUGAUGAAGACUCGUUCUCAGGAGCACGACAGUCCUGAGACCAGGAGGACUGAGGGGGAGCAGAAACCACCCAGGGAACAGUGCAGGACUGACCCAAAUACUCCACAUCUGGCCAAACUCCAGCCGGCGGAGCCUGAUGGACGUAUGCACCCUAAGGCGAGGGAAGCAGGGGAGAUGCAGGACAACAGAGGUGCACGGAGAUGGGCAGAUGGGCGGCAGGCCUCGCUGGAGGGUCAGCAGCAGGCCUACGUCCCAGAAAGGACCGCGGGGGGUACAGGUUUGCAGGGUGUGCCUGUUGUGCAGGGUCCUCCUCCUAAAACAAACCACAACCCACAGCCGCCCGCUCCUGGGUUCAGGGUGGGCCUUGCCAUGCCCGCAUGCCCACCUGAGCUCAGGGAGCCUCAGGAAUGGGACAGGAAGUUGCAGCCGAGCCACCUGGACCCCAGCUCGGCUGCGCUGCUGCGCAAAUCGAAACGACAAAAAGCUGAGAGCAUGCUGCGCAAUGAUUCGCUCAGCUCUGACCAAUCGGAGUCCCUACGACCGCCCCCGCCCCGCCCCUACAAGAGCAAACGGGGCGGAAACAAGAGGCAGAUGUCUGUCAGCAGCUCGGAGGAAGAGGCUGGUUCGACACCAGAAUACACCAGUUGUGAAGAUGUGGAGAUUGAGAGUGUCAGCGAGAGAGGGGACUGGGAGUGCUGUCCACUGGACCCCACUGCGUGGCAUCAUCCGGUUACAUGGCAGCCCUCCAAGGAAGGUGAUCAUUUAAUUGGCCGAAUCACUCUGAGCAAGCGAACAGCCAUGUCAAAAGAGGCUGGGGCUCUGAUAGGGCUAAAGGUGGUCGGGGGGAAGAUUACAGAAACUGGGAGACUCGGGGCCUUCAUCACCAAAGUCAAGAAAGGAAGUAUAGCUGAUGUGGUGGGUCAUCUACGGGCCGGUGAUGAGGUGCUUCAGUGGAAUGGGAAAUCGUUACCAGGAUUAACCGAGAAAGAAGUUUACAAUAUCAUCUUGAAUUCCCAAACAGAACCACAAGUUGAAUUAGUAGUAUCAAGGCCGAUAGGUGAUACACCACGAAUACCAGAAACAUCACACCCUCCGUUAGAAUCUACAGGUUCAAGUUCCUUCGAAUCACAGAAGAUGGAAAGACCCUCUAUAUCUGUCUUGUCCCCUUCCAGCCCAAGUGGUCUUAGAGAUGCCCCUCAGCUACUGCCUGGACAGCUGUCGGUGAAAAUGUGGUACGAUAAGGUCGGCCAUCAGCUGAUAGUGAACGUAUUGCAGGCUUCAGACCUGCCACCCAGAUCGGAUGGACGACCCAGAAACCCCUAUGUCAAAAUGUACUUCCUGCCUGAUAGAAGUGAUAAGAGCAAGAGAAGGACGAAGACAGUGAAGAAAAGUCUAGAGCCCAAGUGGAACCAGACUUUUGUGUACUCUUAUGUCCAUCGCCGGGAUUUCAGAGAACACAUGCUGGAGAUUACUGUGUGGGACCAACCCAGAAUGCAAGAUGAGGAGAGUGACUUUCUGGGAGAAAUCCUAAUCGAGCUGGAGACUGCCCUAUUGGAUGAUAAGCCUCACUGGUACAGGCUGCAGGCACAUGACGUCUCUUCCAUCCCACUGCCGCACCCGUCGCCAUACCUGCCCCGCAGACACGGACACACUGAAACACCCACCAAAAGGCUGCAGCCAACAGAAAACCGAUCAAGAGAAAGAGAAAGAGAACGGGACAGAGACAGAGACAGAGACAGUGACAGAGACAGAGACAGAGACAGAGACAGAGACAGAGACAGAGGCCGAGACCGAGACCGGGCGACAACAUUAGAGGUUCCAGAUCAGCAAAGGCAAACUCAGUAUCGCUCACGGUCCGUGUCCCCACACAGAGAUGAACAGGGCAGGGGGCGGUCCCGCCCAGCCAAUGUCCCUGCACAGAGGAGUCUGGAUGAGGUCCAGCACAGCCGGCGAUCCCGUUCCCCAACGCGCUACCACGACCGUGCCCGUGUGCAAGAGAGAGAAUAUGGAGAUGACAGUGAGGUCAUCUUGAUAUACAGAUCAAUGCGGGGUGGAAGCGCAGAGUGUCUGCACACCCAAAGCUCAACACGUCCUGCAUGCCUUAAGUCAAAGUCACGGCUAUCUGUAGUCACUGGCACUCAACCUACAGUCACACGCCAAGCUCUUAGGUUCACAGACAAGAUCACCAUUAGUGAUCUACAGUCCUCUCUUGACAGGGUUAGAAGCGCUAGUACCAACUGUCUGAGACCAGGUUCUAGUUCCAAUUCACCUGAACGAGACAGGAGCACCCAGUCUCUACCCCGUACCAGACCCAUGAGCCCCAGGAUCCUAAUUCAGCAUGCCUCCCCAGAAGACGACAGCUGGGUUUUGGAGGCUAUGUUCCCUGCUCAGGAGACAGUACACCACCUCAGUGCAAAGCCAGAUGCACAGAGGCAGUUGAAAACUCUGGACAAGCCUAGCUGUCAGAAACUUGGCAAGAAAAUAUCUGACAGUGAGCGGGUGCAGCCACACACCAGCCCUGCAUUUUCCUCAUCAACAGCCAACUCUUCUUCGACACGCAAGGUCAGACAGCUUCCCCAAGUCCCCGCCAAAAGCAGCAAUGUAGAGCAAGCUCUUGCUUCAGAGGAGCGAACGCGGCAAAUGAAAGUACGUACCUUCCGAACACCAGCCCCCUCUAGUACCAGCCAGGAUCUGGAGAGGACGCCCAAGAAUAAACGAGAGCUUUAUAAGGAGCAACGAAGGAGCUGUGACAAUGUGUCCCAUAAGUCCUCAGACAGUGAUGUCAGUGAUGUGUCAGCCAUCUCUCGCGCCAGCAGUGCCUCGCGGAUCAGUAGCACCAGCUACAUGUCCAUUCAAUCAGAACAACCCAGGGGUCACUUUAGCCAUCAUAUUCAUCCAUCCAGCCGCAGCAUGCUGAAGAGUACAAGUGUUAGUGGGGAAAUCUACACUCGGGAGCGUACGGACGGCAGCCAGUCAGACACCGCUCUGGGAACACUGGGAGCAGGAGGGAAAAAGCGCAGAUCUAGCCUUAGCGCACGUGUAGUCGCCAUCGUUGGCAUUCCCUCCCGCCGCAGCAGAAGCACCUCUCAGCUCAGUCAGACAGAAGCAGCCAACAAGAAAGCAAAGGGAUCCAGUCAGAUCCAGCGCAGUCAGGAGACGGGAAUGGCAGUGGAGUAUGCUCGCAAUGUCAUGGCUCGCCAAGCCAGUCGAGAGUCCACUGACGGCAGCAUGAACAGUUAUAGCUCUGAGGGCAAUCUGAUCUUCUCAGGGAUGAGAUUAGGGGCCGACAGCCAGUUCAGUGACUUCCUUGAUGGUCUUGGCCCUGCUCAGUUGGUGGGCAGACAAACACUUGCUACGCCUGCUAUGGGAGAUGUUCAAAUUGGACUGAUGGACAAGAAAGGUCAACUAGAGGUGGAAGUUAUCAGGGCCCGUGGUCUUACGUCUAAACCAGGUUCCAAAUCGCUGCCAGCUCCCUAUGUCAAGGUCUAUUUGCUGGAAAACGGAGCGUGCAAAGCCAAAAAGAAAACCAAGAUUGCACGAAAAACACUUGAUCCUUUGUAUCAGCAAUCGCUGCUGUUUGAGGAAAGUCCCCAGGGUAAAGUUCUCCAGGUAAUAGUCUGGGGAGAUUACGGCCGCAUGGACCACAAAUGUUUCAUGGGAGUCGCCCAGAUUUUUUUAGAGGAGCUGGAUCUUUCUAGCACAGUGAUUGGUUGGUACAGACUGUUUCCCCCUUCAUCACUGGUCGACCCAACGUUAACUCCUCUCACUCGUCGCGCUUCCCAGACCUCGCUGGACUCUUCAGGGCCGCCGGGCAUCAGGUCCUAGUGAACAGACGGGAGCUUGAGGCGAAACAAAAUACACGAUCCAGUGGACCAAGGACCGGAGGCAAGAAUCAGAACCAGAGCGGCAGAUAAAGAGACAGAUGGACAGAAUCAUGAUCAAAGCUUUGCUGAAGCCUGACAAUCACUUCUCUCUUUUACUUUUGAUCUUUGGGUUGUAGAGAUUUCCUUUGAUCCACUCUGCUCCUUUACUGCAUGUUUUGUGGCUGAGAUGACGAUUCGACUCAAAUAAAAAGAGAAGGAAGGGAGAUCCUGCCUCAUCUGACAGGAAGCGGAGCCCACAGUGGCGCCGGUACCCUAGACUACUCUGGUCAGUCAGUGCAUUUAUUUUCUCACGUGUUUGAGAGUUAGCGAGAGUGAGAGGACAGCACUGCCCUUCCUCUAUAUUGCACUUACAGGAAGUCCCUCUGCUGAAAGACCAGAGGUCAAGGGUUAAAGGUCAAAAUUUAGUCUUCUCAGAGAGUUUCCUCUCUGCAUCACGGAUGCUGCAUCCAAGGCCCCGCCGUGUGCCGGUCUGGCACAAACUCAGACUCAGUUUGUGUGACUGCGGUGUGUGUGUGUGUGUGUGUGUGAGUGUGUUUGUGUCUAAGAAGGCAGGGACCCCUGAGAACCUUUUAAGUCUGUUUACAGCAGUUAUUACCAACUGCUUUGCCUUUUCAUGUUACUGUUGAUUUGGUAAAUAGACACACUUUGUAGAAUGUGAAAACAUGCUUUAUGUUUUCUGACAUUUGUGUCAUACGAGCUACACGGAAGACACAAAACCACUUGUAUUUGAUUCAUUGGGAUUGUAAGAAGCUGCCAUUAUCAUUUAGGUUCCCUGACAGGAAACGGUCACUAGAUGCAUUAGCUCACUAACACAUUUGAUUCCCGGAUUCCAUGCGACCACAAACCACAUCUUACAGGUCUUUCCGAGCAUUUUAAUUCUGGUUUGGUAAAGGACCUGUACAUUCAGAUAUUAGAAUGUUAUUAUUAUUAUUAUUCUACCCGACUACAGUUGACAUUAUUUUAAUGCAAGCACAAAAAGAGAAAAAAAUCAUGCUUUUGGAGAUGAAUACUAGAGAUGAAAUUAGUUUCAAGAGGCCAAAAUCGGAAGCUUCCUAUUUUUAGCUGUUUGUCAUCAGUUUUUUAGUUUAGUUGAUUAUAAAACCAGUCUCACAGAUCCCUCCUGAGCAUUUUGAAUGUGACAGUGAGAUGUCCCAACAAGGGGUUCAGAUGCCACCAACAAGGGGAACAGCAUGAAUCUGGAACUGUUCCAAGUUGCAUGCACAUUUUGUAAAACGAGACAGAUGAGAAAAAAAGAGACUACAAUACGUGUGUUAGUUCCACAAACUGUAGGCCAGCUUGUAUGUUGCAUGUACUUGUACAGUUUGCUUGUACUUGAUAUAAAUAGAUUAUCAAAUAAAACAAAGCCAUUCAUUCCAUGUUUGGGCAUUUGGCCGGGUUCAGCCAUAAACACAGGCCUUAUUUUGAGGCUGAAUGUCGAUAAUAAUUUGUAAUUUCCUUUUUUUUUUUUACCCUGGAUGGAAAAUUAAGUGCUGUACUAUAGUACUGAGCAAACACAUGGCCCUAUUUUAUUAAAGAUGUUGGUGUUCACUGUAGUCUGUACUACUGUGGGGCUAAAACUAAGGUAGAUAAUCUGUAUAAAAACUAGAGCUGUAUAUGGAAUAUAAUUAGGAAAAUCACAGUGACUUAGAGAUAUAUCGAUAUUGAAACAGAGUGUAUCAAGUAAACAUCACUUAUGUACAUGCAUAUAUGUAAAUAUGAGUCUGCAAAGAAGUUUACUUAUAUUUACAAAGCAGCCCCAUUCAAGUUAAUGGAUCACUGCUCACUGUCUCUUGGUUCUGCUGAGCGGAAGAAGGGAUGCCUCCAAAGUUUUAUUUUAGCGAUGCCCAAUCUGACGAGAGAAAUUUGGAACUCUGCCGACCUGUUGCAUUAUCAUAAAUGCUCAUGAAUCCUUGUUUCAAUGAGAAGUUUACUUUAUAUGCCAGGUUAGGGCAGACUUAUUUACUUUGUCAGUAUUAUUCCAGGAUACUGAUUGUUUACAGUUCGUGUGUUCCACUGAAACAAAAUUGAAAGUAUUCACUGCAACAUUUCUUGUUUGUACAGCAGACGUGGCUCAAAUAAUGUGUAUGUUUUAUAUUCAAGAGUUCAUUUUUAUUAUUUACAAAUAAAAGACUGUGUGGAAGAA